AUGACAUCUCAAGACCCGACCAUCGACGUCGACCCUGUCGAACUACCAAAUGGCAAACGACGCUGGCGCCGAAAUAGAGUCGCCUGCGACUCAUGCCAUACCCGCCGCGUCCGAUGCGACCGAGCCUUCCCGUGCUCACGAUGUCUACGCAGCGAUAUAAACUGCGAAUUCACUCGCGAGCGCCGAAAACGAGGUCGCAUCGCGAGAUCCAAGGCCAACAACGGUGAAACUCGCGAUGAAAUCGAGCCGGAACCAACGCGCCCGCAAUCGCAUCGCCUCUCACCGGUGAACUCGCCCGCCUCCACAUUCCAGCGCUCCCCUGCUUCGAACGAUAUUAGUGCCUCAGUGAGUGACGAGCGGAGGUCGGUGGCGGAGGUGCUGCGCCCCGCUGCAAAUGCGACGGAAGAAUGGCUGGCGGCUGCGCAUCUCUCGCCUGAUUCCUAUGAACUGCUGAAUGGGACAGGUGGAAGCGAUGCGCCGCUGCCGAGGUUGAUGGAUCUUUGGAAUUCGGUCGAUUUGGCUGGGCCCCGAUCGAAUCAAAGAUCUCUGCCUCUGCCAUCUGUAUCGGGGAAUCCACCGCAGAGGCCAUCGUCGCGGUCGCCGUUGAAGUAUCCGGUGUUGGAGCCGGUGAUGCCGUUCUUGGAGAACAAUCUACCUCGUCGACUGGUGUGCGAUCUCCUUGAACUCUACUUUACGAGCGCCUUUUCCACACAUAUGCAUCCUGUCUGCCAUCAUAUUCAUUGCUAUGUCUUACGAAAAUCAUCCUUCCUUAGUGCUGAUCGCCCAAGGCCGACCAGUCCUGCCUUAUUGGCAAGCAUGCUAUGGGUGGCCGCGGUGGACGAUCGGGCGUUCUCCUUGUCUAUUUCUCCGUUGCAGCGCCGGAAGAUAUGUCAAUUCCUAUGCGCUCUGAUCAUUCGCUUGCUACGUCCUUUGAUACAUGUGUCCUUCAAAGACCAGGAUCCCCUCCCUGCGGAGAACACUACAGCAGCUCAGGACUUUUCAGCUUCAGCUGCCCAUCAUCCAUUCGAAGGUGUGGGGGAUGACAAGGGGUUAGUUGGUCCAGCUGGCUCUUUAGAUGAUGUGAUCACAUACAUUCAUGUGGCAUCAAUUAUUUCAUCCAGUGAGCAGAAGGCUGCAAGUAUGAGAUGGUGGCAUGCAGCCUUUACGCUAGCUCGCGAACUUAAAUUGAAUCAGGAAAUGGAAAUCACUUCGAAUGUGGACAGCCUGACGGACGGCUCAAGCCCGUCUUUUGGCUACGGUUUGGGCGGAUGGCCUGGUUCCCCCGGUGGGCUGGGAUUCGACUAUUCCAAUACGUCGCGGCCGAGUCUAAAUUGUGUGUGUGAUAAACCUCGCGACAUGCAUAAUGGACCGGUCACAGAGGAACACCGCGAGGAGCGACGGCGAACGUGGUGGUUGCUCUACAUCAUGGAUCGUCAUCUGGCCCUCUGCUACAACCGCCCCCUGGCUCUACUCGAUGCUGAGAGCGAAGAUCUCCUACUUCCUCUGGAUGAAAGCGCUUGGCAAGCAGGCAUCAUCCACAGCAACAGCCCUCGGCCAGAUGGCCCUCAGUGCCCUCGGUCGGGUGAAAAAAACAAACGCCGUAUCUUCCCCAACUUCAUUUGCCACGACCACUCCAUCCUCGGCUUUUUCCUUCCCCUCAUGACCAUCACCGGUGAACUGAUUGAUCUGAACCAAGCACGAAACCACCCCACCCUUGGUACACGUCUUCUUGGAAAAGACGCAUGGGAGGUCCAAGUGGCCGAAGUACUACGCCAACUCGAGAUGUACAAGGCUAGUCUCACCACGUUCGCCGCAACAAGCGCAGCAGACCCAGAGGCCCCAUUAUCGAACGCGUACUCAAAAUCGGACCCCGUCGAUCCUCAAUUGUCUCAGGCCUAUUCUUGGCACACUCAAACUGUGAUCGCCUACUCUUCCUACCUCACUCACGUCCUGCACAUUCUCCUCGUCGGAAAGUGGGACCCUGUGUCUCUCAUUGAAGACAAAGAUUUUUGGACCUCCUCUCCAGCGUUUGCGUCCACCAUCUCCCACGCGCUGGAAGCGGCAGACUCUGUCUCACAAAUUCUCCGCUUCGACCCAGACAUCAGUUUCAUGCCUUAUUUCUUCGGCAUCCAACUUUUACAGGGAAGUUUCCUUCUACUCCUCAUUGUGGAAAGACUACAAAAGGAAGCCGGUGAGGGCAUUCUCAACGCCUGUGAAACCAUGAUCCGCGCAACUGAGUCUUGCGUGGUGACUCUCAACACCGAAUAUCAGCGCAGCUUCAGGCAGGUGAUGCGCUCUGCGGUUGCGCAGGCCCGCGGUCGCCCGGUAAAUCCGAGUGAGAUUCGGCAUCGUCGGAAAGCCGUACUAGCUCUAUACCGCUGGACGCGGAAGGGCACUGGAUUGGCUCUCUGA